AACAUUGUGUUGGAACAGAUUGUUUCUGACACUGUAGGUUUACAAAUUAAAGGGAUUAAUAGAUUUAUAUCUUAAUUUGUGGGAUCGUCAGGUCUUUUGCACAAACAUGAGCGAAGACAACCAAGAUGAAAGAGAGGAGCGGCAACAGUGCAAAGAGGCCCAGUUUGUGGAUAAGAACUCUGCACAUCUUAUCCAAAGGGUUACUGCAGUGAUGCCAAUAGCAGAUCAUCUAAAAGACAAGAAUAUGCUACAUGAAGAGCAAUACUCAAAAAUCAAAGCAGAGAAAAUCAGCCAGGACCAAAUGAGGUUGCUCUUUGAGUCAUUAAAAUCUGGAGGAGACAAAGUGAAAACAUGCUUUUAUUAUUUACUGGAAGACAAUGAACAACACCUUUUUGAAGAACUGGGUGGUGAAAUCAGGAAACGCAAGCCGUCAGUUCCAGAAAGCCCAAUACCUGCAAAACGUAAAAAACCGAAUAAUGAGAGUAAUUGCCCAGAUAACUAUAACAUAGCCAGUAUCUCAGCACCAAGAUUUCCACCAGCAUGCAAUACAUCAAUCAAUGUGACAAGUAUAACUCAUGUUUCUGACUACAAACCCGCUGCACCCGAGAAAGAGAAUAAACUCACUGCACCCAAAAAAGUGAAAGAGACCCCUGCAACAAAGAAAGUGAAAAAUCCCCCUGCAACAAAGAAAGAGAAGAAACCCGCUGCAGUGAAACAGCCAGCUCUACCCAAAAAAGUGAAACAGCCGGCUCUACCCAAAAAAGUGAAACAGCCGGCUCUACCCAAAAAAGUGAAACAGCCGGCUCUACCCAAAAAAGUGAAACAGCCGGCUCUACCCAAAAAAGUGAAACAGCCGGCUCUACCCAAAAAAGUGAAGCAGCCGGCUCUACCCAAAAAAGUGAAACAGCCAGCUCUACCCACAAAAGUGAAGCAGCCGGCUCUACCCAAAAAAGUGAAACAGCCAGCUCUACCCAAAAAGUGA